CCGGGCGGCGCCAUGGGCCUGUCCCGCCGCACGGCCGCGCUCCGCCUGCGCGGCGGCGGGUCCCCGCCGCUCCUGGGGCUGCUGCCCGGCCGCUUCUCCGUCUUCCCCUUGUUCCUUCUGGCGCUGCUGCUGGGCUUCGCGUCGCUGCUGUGGCUCCAGCUGAGCUGCGCGGGCGAGGGGCCGGCGCCGGACGGCGGGCAGAGCCGGGGCGCUCCCCGGCAGCCCUGCCCGCCCCAGGCCCCGCUCCCGCCGGCACAGGACGAGCCGUCGUGGGGUCCGCACCGCCUGGCCCUGCUCGUCCCCUUCCGGGAGCGUUUCGAGGAGCUGCUGGCCUUCGUGCCCUACAUGCACCGCUUCCUGAGCAAGAAGAGGAUCCGCCAUCACAUCUUCAUCCUCAACCAGGUGGACCAUUUCAGGUUUAACAGGGCGUCCCUGAUCAACGUGGGCUUCCUGGAGAGCGGCAACGACACCGACUACAUUGCGAUGCACGACGUUGAUCUCCUGCCCCUCAACGAGCAGCUGGACUACGGCUUCCCGGAGGCAGGGCCCUUCCACGUGGCAUCCCCGGAGCUGCACCCGCUCUACCACUACAAGACCUACGUGGGCGGCAUCCUGCUGCUCACCAAGCAGCACUACGAGAUGUGCAACGGCAUGUCCAACCGCUUCUGGGGCUGGGGACGGGAGGAUGACGAGUUUUAUCGGCGGAUCAAAGGAGCCGGUCUCCAGGUUCGCCGUCCUUCUGGAAUCACGACUGGAUACGAGACUUUCCAGCACCUACACGACCCAGCCUGGAGGAAGAGAGACCAGAAGCGCAUCGCGGCGCAGAAGCAGGAGCAGUUCAAGGUGGAUCGGGAGGGAGGUCUCAACAACGUCAGGCUGGGGCUGCCGCCGGGCUGCAGCAAGCGGGCAGUGGUUCUGCAGCAGAUGAGCAAUAGCGGUGCUGAUGAGACACAGAGGAACAGAAAAGGCCAAGAACCAGACUCUGCUGGGACCAACAGAAGAGGCUGAGAGCGGGACUCGAUGGCGUUGCUGUGGAUGCUGGUGUUGCCUCCCAGGGCAGGUGCAGGAGACAAUUUUCCUGCGCUGGACAUGGCUGAGCUGCCACCCAGCUCAGAGGACAAUAAAGAACUGUC